AGAGGAGAUUGUCUGACUGACUGACAGACUGUGGGCAGCCGGACUUCUUCUUCUUCUUCGUCUUCUACUUCUUCGUCGCCUUCUCAUUGCGCGGCACCAUGACAGAGUUCUGGAAGGAGCACUCCAAAGAGGCCACAGUGGAGGAGAUGAUGCUGGACUCGCGUGCCCUUGAGCUGACUCAGCAGGAACUGCCCGAGAUCUUGUCCAUGCUUCCUGGUCUGGAUGGAUGUCGAGUGCUGGAACUGGGGGCCGGCAUCGGGCGAUACACCAGCCACCUGCUGACACGGGCGGCCCAUGUGACCGCUGUGGACUUCAUGGAGAGUUUCGUGGAGAAGAACCGUCAGAACAACGGUCACCAUAGCAACGUUACCUUCCUUCAAGCUGAUGUCACGAAGCUGCAAAUGCCCCAAAACAGUGUUGACUUCAUCUUCUCCAACUGGCUGCUGAUGUACCUCAGCGAUGACGAGCUGCUUGUGUUGCUGAAGAAAAUGCUGACGUGGUUGCGGCCCGGUGGCUUGCUCUUCUUCAGGGAGUCUUGCAACCAUCGCUCAGGUGACUGUAAACGGGAGUUCAACCCCACAUGUUAUCGCACGGAGGCCCAGUACAACCACCUGACAACAUCAGUCCAAGUGGAGGACCUGCAAGCGGGUCAUGCCUUUGGUUUCGACAUUGUGCUGAGAAAAAAGGUUCAAACAUACAUUGAGGUGAAGAACAACCCAAACCAGAUCUGCUGGCUGCUGGAGAAGGUCCUACGCUCUUCAAGCACCAAGGACACAUUCAGCAGCUUCCAACAGUUCCUGGACAACAAGCAGUACACCAGGAGGGGCAUCCUGCGCUACGAGAAGAUGUUCGGGUCGGGUUAUGUCAGCACAGGCGGACCGAGCACAACCAAGGAGUUUGUAGACAUGCUCAACUUGCAACCUGGCCAGAAGGUUCUGGAUGUUGGCUGUGGUAUCGGUGGAGGGGACUUCUAUAUGGCAAAGACGUUCCGAGUAAAGGUCCUCGGCAUGGACCUGUCAGAGAAUAUGGUGGACAUCGCCAUGGAGAGGGCGCUGGCUGAGAGGCUGCCAUCAGUUGAAUUUGAGGUGUCUGACGCCACUAAGAGGAUGUUCUCUGAGAGUUCCUUUGACGUCAUCUACAGCAGAGACACAAUCCUGCAUAUUGCAGACAAGCUGGCACUCUUUAAACGCUUCCAUUCCUGGUUAAAGCCUGGAGGUCAGCUGCUUAUCAGCGACUACUGCUGUGGGGAGAAGCCAUGGACUGCGCAGUUUGAGGCCUACGUCAAACAGCGAGGCUACAUCCUCUACACGCCAUCACAGUAUGGAAAGUUUAUCCAAGACGCUGGCUUCUGCAGCGUUCAGGCACAGGACCGGACAGCCCAGUUCAUCCAGGUCAUUAAGGACGAGCUGCAGAGAGCAGACUCCGCCAAGAGUGACUUUAUUCAGGAGUUCUCCGAGGAGGACUUUAGUGAGAUAGUGAAAGGUUGGAGGGAAAAACUGGAGCGUUCCAACAGCGGGGACCAGCGUUGGGGCCUAUUUCACGCCAGAAGGAACUGAGGUUUUGCACAUAACUGAAUAAUCACUACAUCAUCAAAAGGAUCAGAAAGUUCUUAAGAGUUUGUUGGACAUUUUUUUCCAAAUUUGAUUGGAUUCUUGGUUGGCGGUUUUCAAAAAAGUAUUCUUUUUUUUCCAGCACAGCUAUUUUUUAAGUUGACGAAAGUGCAGUUUAGCAACAUGUUUUUAUUCAGAUGUGCAUCACAACUAAGAGCUGUGUGACCCUGCACUUAUAUUAUUCUCUAUUAUUUACUUUUCAUAUGUUUGAAGGGAAAAAUAUAUUAGUUGUGUUGCUCAAAUUGCCAAUACGACAUCAAUAUCUGUUAAUUUUUCUAAAUAAACCCAACAAGUUCUAACA